CAAUCACAGCAGCCCAUAUUGAGAGGUCCUUUAUUGAUGCUGGAGAAGGUGACUCUUCGGCGAACAGAGCUCUCUGCACGACAGAUAAACACAUAAACCCCAAAAGAAGACUGUUGUUGACGGAAUAAACAACAUGUCUUCUUUUGGAAGGGCCAUGGGGAUCCUCCGAGCGGGGAGCCGGAUCAUUAAAGGAGGACCUCAAAGAAUCACGAGCAGAAAUGGCAGCGGAGGACCUCACAUCGAGCCUCAGUACCGAGCCUACCCUCAAGUCACCAAGAACCAGAAGUUCCAGUCUGAGCUCAUCAGCGGGGCCAUGUGGUUCUGGAUCCUCUGGCACUGCUGGCACGACCCUGAUGCAGUUCUGGGUCACUUCCCAUGGCCAGACGCCUCUCAGUGGACGGACGAGGAGUUGGGAAUUCCAGCUGAUGAUGAAGAAUAAGGCGACUUCUUCAGUUUUUGGGGGAAAAAUUGAUGCUGAUCACGGUGAGGGAUUCAAGCUGCUGUGCAAGUCUUUGUGGAAGCCUUCAGGAUGUCUGCGAGUCGUUGUUGUACAUAGACGAAUAAAAUUAUCUAUUAAAGUGAA